AUGGAGCCAAACUCGUCCCUCAAGCAACCCUGGAAGGCCUGGUACAAGACCGGGGAGUCCAAGGACGCCAACCCCCUCUCCAAGCUCAAGUCUAUCUGUGGUCGAGGGCAAGGCAGCAUCCCACAGAGACCUCGCCAGGUCGACCUGACCGCCGAGAAGCAGGCUUGA